AUGACCGGUCAAGAUGGUCUAUCGCCAUCCUUUGUGGAGACUGUAGCGGGAUUCACAGCAGGAAUAGUGUCCACACUUUGUCUGCAUCCAUUGGAUUUGGUCAAGACCCGACUACAGGUCGAUCGGUCCUCGUCUUCUCGAAUUGGUGGUUCGCUCCGAGUCAUCCAUGAAAUCUCUCUCCAUGAGGGUGGCGUCGCUGCGUUCUAUCGGGGAUUGAGUCCUAACAUCAUAGGGAACUCUACCAGCUGGGGACUCUAUUUCCUGUGCUAUGGGAAGGCCAAAGAAGUUGCGCGGACGUUUCACGCACAUGAUGGGCAGGAUCUCACUUCGUCCGACUACUUUGCGGCGUCGGGAACGGCAGGUCUGCUCACGGCUAUCCUGACAAAUCCAAUCUGGGUAAUCAAAACCCGCAUGCUAUCCACGGGCUCACGAGCACCUGGCGCAUACUCGUCCGUUGCGACUGGCGUGAAGCAGAUUCUCCAAACCGAGGGCGUCGCCGGUUUCUACCGGGGGCUAUUCCCCGCACUUUUCGGUGUCAGCCAUGGGGCUCUACAAUUCAUGGCCUAUGAGCAGUUGAAAAUCUACCGCUCAAAGAUGACAACAAUAACAACGACUUUCUUUUCUGACAAUGGCACCGCCAAAAACCCAGACCAAAAGCGCACACUCGGAAACAUCGACUUUUUCGUUAUCUCCGGUCUCUCCAAGACGUUCGCCGGAGGCGUGACAUACCCGUACCAGGUCCUGCGGUCUCGUUUACAGACCUACGAUGCCCAUCUCGUGUAUCGAGGUGCGUGUGAUGCGAUUGCACAGAUCUGGGCGCGGGAAGGUCUGGCAGGAUUCUACAAGGGUCUGGGGCCGAAUCUGUUUCGGGUAUUGCCCAGCACAUGGGUGACGUUUUUGGUGUAUGAGAAUACUAAGGUGUAUUUGCCCCGGUUGGUGUUUUGA